CUAUUAUCAACAGUCGUCACUUAACAUCACCUCCACUUUCUCUCUCAAUUUCUCUCCCUCCCCUCUCCUCCAUCUCCCUCCCCUCUCCCUCCCCAAAGCAACCAUUCCCAUUCCCUCUCUCUCUCUGUCUCUCUCUCUCUUCAAUUCCUCAAAUUUUCAUAAAAAAAGUAAGAUAUGAACCUCAAGACCAAGCUUCUUCAUGGAGAGUAGUAGUGUUAUAACUUAAGCUAUGAUGUGAUAUAUAUUUAUGUGGUUUUAAUAUCUUAGAACCCAAUUAUCACAAAAUCUUAUAACACCCUAUAAGUGAAACAAAGGUAAGAUUUUUUGUUUCUAUUUUUUGUAUGAAUUAGAUGUUACUAGAUUUGUUAUCAUCAUGAUGGAAGUUAUAACAGCAACAGCAACCACCACAAACACAAACACAAACACAACCUCAAACUCCACAAACACUACUACAUCUUUAACAACAAAUCUAACAAAAGAACAACAACCCGAAUCGGAAAACCCGACCCGAAUCCAUCAACCCAUAUUAUCAAACAUAACAAAACCUUUGUCUUUUUCAAAUGGUGUUCUCAAACGCCACCACCCCAACCACCAUAACAACAACAACAACAACGUUAAUAACCUUAACAACGUUGUUGUUACUUACAAAGAAUGUCUCAAAAACCACGUGGCAACCCUAGGUGGUCAUGCCCUAGACGGUUGUUGUGAAUUCAUGCCAUCACCAACCGCCACCUCCGAUGACCCUGCCUCCAUAAAAUGUGCCGCAUGUGGUUGUCACCGGAAUUUCCACCGCCGUGAACCGGAAGAACCAAUUUCCACCGUUUUUGAAUAUCAACCUCAUCACCGUCACCACCCACCACCACCACCUCUUUUCCAGUCACGUUCACCAAGCUCACCAUCACCACCACCGAUCUCAUCAUACCCAUCAGCCCCACAUAUGCUCUUAGCACUCUCCGGCGCCGGAGUUGGUCUUUCUAUCCCACCGGAAAACACUGCUGCACCGUUAAACCACCUAAGUUCACCUAUGGGAACAAGUAGAAAAAGAUUCAGAACAAAAUUCACGCAGGAACAGAAGGAAAAGAUGCAUGAAUUUGCUGAUAAAGUUGGGUGGAAGAUGCAGAAGAGAGAUGAAGAAAUGGUGAAUGGUUUUUGCAAUGAAGUUGGUGUUGAUAGAAGUGUUCUCAAAGUUUGGAUGCAUAAUAAUAAGAACACUUUGGGAAGAAAAUUAUCAUUAGAUCAUGUUAAUGGUAAUGGUGACAGCGCCGCCGUGAACGCCUCCGUGGACGGUGGUUCUGGUGGUGGUUGUGAGAAUGAGAAUAAUGGGAGUAAUGUUGCUGCUUGUGGUACUACUAAUGGGUCUUCUUCUUCUUCUUGAUCUUUUUUUUUAUUUUUUAUGAGAGAUUAAAAAAAAUGAGGGAAUAAUAAUAAUUAAUAUGUUUAGAUUAUUAUAGAGUAAUUAUGAGAUGGUACUAGUUAAUUUAGUUGUUUUUUUUUAAUUUCAAUUUAAUUGUUUAGUUUUUGUUAAUUAAUGAGAUUAUUAUGAUAAUGAUGAUGAUCAA